AUGGCCUCAAAGAAAUCAGUCCCUACAGUUAAACAGGAGUUAACAGAUCUGGAUGUAAAGGUAGAUAACCAAAUCAAUGUUGAAUUUGGUGGUCCCAUUGGCGUGACUCUGAUGAUGCUUGGAUUUCCUUCCCUCAUGUAUUACUUUUGGGUAUGUCUUGAACACCAUCAAGGACGCCUCAUCCUUCCAGACGAUAGUAAUCUCUCAACAUGGUUCACAAAUGAGAUUAUGGAAAAGAUCAAACUAGGUGCAUCACCUUCAUGGUACGCCUUCAAAGUGUACAUGGGGUAUGUGGCGUUUUCAUUUGUUUUGGCUUAUAUCAUGCCGGGUCCCAUUGUUGAAGGGUUACCUGUUCCUUCUCUCAAAGGCAAUAAGUUAAAAUAUCUCUGUAACGGGCUUUCAUCAUGGUAUCUCACCUUGGUUGUCUCUGCUUUGCUUCAUGUUACAGGCCUCUUUCGUCUGACCACUAUCAUUGAUCAUUUUGGUGAAUUGAUGACUGUAGCUAUCCUUUGGGGAUUUACCAUGUCUACUGUUGUAUACGGAUGGAGUGUGCUGACAGGCAACACACAUCGUAUGUCUGGAAACUUGUUGUAUGAUUACUUCAUGGGCGCAUGUUUAAACCCUCGUAUCGGUCAUGUCGAUCUCAAAAUGUGGGCAGAGAUUCGUGUGCCUUGGCCUGUUCUCUUUUACCUAUCACUGUCAUGUUUAUUGAAGCAAUAUGAAACAUAUGGAACAGUAACUGCACCUAUGGCAUUUAUGGUCUUGGCUCAUUUUCUGUAUGUGAAUGCGUGUCAAAAGGGAGAGGAAUGUAUACCAGUUUCAUGGGAUAUAUUUUAUGAAAAGGAUGGAUUUAUGCUCAUUUUCUGGAACAUGGCAGGUGUCCCAUUCACUUAUUGCUACUCUUCCAUUUACCUAAUGAAAUAUCAACUCAGCACAGGGCAUCCCAUCACGCAUUCCAUUCCAUACACAAUCUUUAUCUAUUUGCUCUUGUUGACUGGUUAUUACGUCUUUGACACCGGUAACUCACAAAAGAAUCGUUUCAGAAUGGAGCAACAUGGUACUUUUAUCAAACGAAACGCGUUUCCUCAACUUCCUUGGGGCCAUUUAAAGAACCCAACGUAUAUCAAAACCGAGCAUGGUAAUCUCUUGCUGACUUCAGGCUGGUGGGGACUGGCUCGAAAGCCACACUAUACAGCUGACCUAAUGAUGUCUCUUUCGUGGGGUCUGAUCACAGGCUUUAGCUCUUUUUUGCCUUAUUUUUACUUUACCUUCUUCUUGUGUGUCCUAACUCAUAGAGCUAGACGUGAUAUGGAACGAUGUGCAAACAAGUAUGGGAAAGAUUGGGAGAGAUAUUGUGAACGUGUGCCGUACAUUUUUAUUCCAUAUGUGUAUUAG